AUGAAAGUUAAGGAACCAGACAGCUUUGGACUUAGAUUGUCGACAAUAUCGCCAUGGUCAUACUGGAGGAAAGCGAAUUUGGCCAGCAAGGAUACCAGUUAUGGUUUGAGAUGUCCAUGCACCAUUUGUCUGAAGGUGCGCGGAAGUGAUGGUAAAGCUGCCUUCAACCUGGAAAAACUUCGCCUCUUCCGUCAUUUCUACAUGAUCGUUAUAUCGUAUGUGUAUCUGACGAGGGUUAUGAAACUGCUUCUGCAGUAUGCGCUUCCAUUUGAUCAAGAGUGGGUUACUGAUGCUGUCGUUGAACUGUCUACACUUGUCUUUUUCAUUCUUGUUGGUAUUCUUUUCCGCCCACAACCCGCAAAUCCCUAUCUGAAGCUGAACCAGGACAUCGACGACUCGGAGGAUAUCUCGCUGACGCAAAACGGUCUCUUGGAAGGAGUGGUGAAUCGUGGAUCAUCGAAUGCUCUGAUCGCUCCGGACAACGGUAAUACCGAUCUGGACUGCCCGACCAUUACAGUUGAGGAUAACUCGAAUGUGUCUCAAAUUGGAAGACGCCGUCCAACCGAUGGAGAACGUAGCAGUGUCAGGUCGUCGGAAGAGGAUGCAAGUGGAUCUCCUGGAGGUGACGACCGUGAACGACUCCGAUUAUUGCAAAAGAUAGAAAUGGCACGCGAACGGUUGAAACGUACCAGUCUGGAAAGGGAACGCGAUGUGGAAGAAUUUCUGAUGAUGACCCGGGGAUCAGAAACUCAAAAAGGUGCUGACAACCCCCAGAUGGCACGCCUGAAGCAACACUUUGAGAAGAAGAAUAAGCGACACACUAAUGAGCUCGAACAAUUACAGAGGAAGCUUGCUAGUUACGAGCAGCGUUUGGCUGAAAUUGAAAAUGGCAUAGAAUCUGGAAGCCGAGCAACUGUUAUGUCAACUGUAGGCCAAGGAAUCAGGAGAACUGGUGCCAAUAUAAAGGGAAUGACGGAAACUGUGAUGGCGGCACCUCUAGAAUUUGCUCAACGUCUUAAGAGUACCUUUGGAUCUGCUGAUAAUGUGAACGACCCUAACGACGCAACGAAUUCUGAUUUGCGAAUAGGACAAUCGAAAUUUUAUGCUAGCUCUGACUAUGGAAGUCCUCACCAGGUGCUGACGAGCAGGAUCCCUUCAAGAAAAUCGGAUUCUCUCCCUGCAAACUCUUCUUUAGUGAAGUCAUCGACUCCAUUAAGGUCCCGCGAUGGUGAUACAUCAGGAAUGACGGAUCCAAUGUCAAAGAUGGAAUCUGAAGUGUCGAACUCAUCGAUGCGGUUGUCGCCCUUAGCGCCCAUGCCUCCUUUCAUCGGAACUACGGAUUCAGAAGAAAUGCCACGCCAGCUCCUGGAAGACCUUCGAGGUCUUCGCUAUCUCAUAACAAAGAUGGGCGAGCAGAUCAAUCGGAUCGAUAAUCGACUAGAUUCUGAGUUAGCCUAUGUCACGAGAGCAUUAGAAGAGGAACGAGGAAAGUUUUUGAGAUUGGAAACAACAAUGAACGAAACAAUUGAAUUGCAUCAGGCGGAGUUCCAGGCCUUAAAACAAGAACAGCAAGGUAUUGCUAAUCGAUUGGAUUAUCAGUACAAUGACCGCUUCAAAAGAGUUGAGGAAAGUGUAGAAUCGGUUGAGAACCAUGUAGUACGUAUGGAGAACUCUAUCAAAGAUACCCUCGAUAUACGUCUGUCAGGUCCUGCUUGGGGUAAUGCUGUAUUCCUCUCCAGUGCCAAUAUUGUCGUUGAGUUUCUCAAGAUUGUUCUUUAUCUCGUCGCGACAGUUCUUGACCUCUUUUUACCUUUCUUUGGCACAAGGAACAAAGCGGGUGUGUUCCUGUGUUGUCUUGUUGCCAUCCUCAUCAUGUGGCAGAACUUCAAUGUCUACAAUAUUAUUGUAGAUUUAUUUGUAAAGAGAAAUAGCACGAACAUGAGUAAACCUGCUGGACUAGAUACCUAG